GGAUUUUUGAAGUAGUGAUAAAAAUCCAUUUAUAAACUAGGUCUGCGAAGCGAAGAAUCAUUCUAGUGAGCACUUCCACUAAGAACAAGUCAAAAUGGCGUUCAAAGUUGUGAUCCUCUGCGCUUUCGCCCUUCUGAUCCAGUCCAUCUCCGGAAAGAGCUGCGGUUGCUCGUGCGGGUCCGGCCGCUCCGGCAAAUACAUCAGCUCCGGCUCUAUUGGGUCCGUGUCCUCUAGCAGCUCCGGCUCUAUUGGGUCCGUGUCCUCUAGCAGCUCCAUCAGCUCCAAGUCUAUCUCCGUCUCCAACAGCGGCGGCGACUUCCUCGUCACCUGUGUCGGCCCCAUCUCCCCCUCUGGCAUCGCCGUCUCCUCCGAGCUCGGCCUGAGCGGGGACUUGAACGUCAACGGGGAACUGCCGUUCCUGAGCGCCGUGGAGUUCUCGGGCCAAUACGACACUAAAGGGUCCGGGUGCGUGGACUACAGCUGCGGCACGUGCGGGAACGUGGCCAUCACCAGCGUGCAGGGCAGCUCCGGCUGCGGCUGCGGCUGCGGACGCUAAGAACACCAACUAACAAUGACUCGAAAACUGCAAGUUAUGUAUCUACCGAUAUUUUUAAUUUAAUUAUUUAUCGGAUGUAAAAUUGAAGACGCUCAAUGCUGUGACACAAUAAUAUAUAUGACCAUACUA